AUGAAGGUUGCUUCAGUUGUUGUAAUGUUGAGGAAAGAGGCUUCUGGAGAACUCAUCCUAAGUAAUAAUCACGUUCCCAAUAAGACGCAUUGGGAUCUUGCUGUUAAGAGAGCUUUGCAGACGAUAAACAGAAGCAGCUCACCACUCAUUAAGGUUGUGCUUGCACGUAGCAGCAGGGUUUUAACUGCUACAGAUAUCGAUCCUAUAACAUGGUUAGCUUGUCUGCAGGUUGAAGGAGAAAAUGCUUACCAGUUUUGUCUUCAGCCACCUAAUGCACCAGCAUUUAUAGGAAACACGCCAGAGCAACUAUUUCACAGAAAAUGGCUAAGCAUUAGUAGUGAGGCUAUGGCUGGGACCCGUGCUAGAGGUGGAUCCAGAACUCUUGAUCUUCAAAUAGAGCAUGACCUACUUUCCAGUCCCAAGGACCACCUGGAGUUUACUAUAGUACGAGAAAGCAUACAAAACAAAUUAGAGUCUGUAUGUGACAGAGUUGUUGUUGAGCCAAAGAAAACAGUACGAAAACUUCGAAGAAUUCAACAUUUAUUUGCCCAAUUGGCUGGUAACCUGAAAAGGGAAGAUGAUGAGUUUGAAAUCUUGUCUUAUCUUCACCCAACUCCAGCAGUUUGUGGAUUUCCAACAGAAACUGCACGUCUUUUCAUUUCAGAAACUGAAAUGUUUGACCGAGGAAUGUAUGCUGGACCAGUUGGUUGGUUUGGUGGAGGUGAAAGUGAGUUUGCUGUUGGUAUAAGGUCAGCACUAGUGGAAAAGGAUCUUGGUGCAUUAAUAUACGCUGGAACAGGGAUAGUAGAAGGAAGCAAUCCCUCUUUAGAGUGGGAUGAACUAGAACUCAAGACAUCUCAGUUCACCAAGUUGCUUCAACUUGAGGUUCCUUGGCGAUGAAUAUUUGAGAAUUUGGAGACUGUCAAUUAAUAAGUUCAUGUUCUGAAGACUGGGGUGAAGUACAUUAUUUCUGGAGCUUAUUUACUUUUACAAAAUAAUGGGCAGAAGUAAUUCAAUCCUGCUAUGGAAGGUAAGAAACGUUGAAGUGGUUCAUUUGGUGCCUAUUAUUUCGAGGAAACAUUUCUGGUGUGCGUUGCUUCAAUCCAAGAUUGAGUGGCAGCACAAGCAACAACAAAUAUUGGCAAAUUGUUUCAACCGAGACUUCUAACUUGUUUCAUAUAGUUGAUUUAUACAUAGGAAAGCGUGAUGCAGGCUGUUCGGUUUUGUCAUUGUAGAUGUAUCAGUAACAUUCAUGAAUCUACUUGAAAUUUUUGAAAUUUUAUUUAUUGGCAUAAAGUGAUUAAAUGUAAUCAUUCCUUCUACA